ACAUCCCUUCAAAUCAUGGCAACUGCGAUGAAAGUCAUCACCGCCGGCGGUGGUAUUGCUGGUCUGACCCUCGCGAAUGCGCUUGAAGUAGGUCUGUUAGACUCUGCCAACAAACACCGUGUAACAAUGUUUCUAGNNCAAGCGGACAUCGACUAUGUCCUCCUCGAGCGAAGANAAAGUAUAGCACCUCAGGUCGGUGCUUCCAUCGGCAUUCUCUCCAACGGAUGUAGGAUCCUGGACCAGCUUGGUUGCAGCGAACCUCUCUACGCGUGUGUGGAACCAAUCGUAUGGAUGCACGACCGUGACAAGAAUGGUCGGCUCCUUGCCAAGGCUUCGACUGUAUCUCAACUCAUGAAGGCUAGCGGCUACGCUUUCGGGUUCAGCGACCGACAAAACAUCCUUCAAGUCCUAUACGACAAUCUUAAGGACAAGAGCAAGGUCUUGUUUUGCAGGAAUCUCACCAUGGUUCGCCAACAUUCAAGUGGCGUCACAGUGAUCUGCGAUGACGGCACUUUUUACAUGGGUGAUAUACUGGCUGGCGCUGAUGGAGUCAACUCCAAGGCAAGAAGCGAAAUGUGGCGGCUUAUAGAUGAAGUUGACCCAGAGCUUGUCAAGAACGACAAGAAUCGUAAGACGUCUAAUGGUCCACACUCAAGCAGUGCUGAAUUCCAUCUCAGCUNNCUCGAAAGUCAGUAUCAAUGUCUUUACGGCAUCACGUCUUCUUCCUCCGGUCUACCCGCUGGUGACAUUGAUGUGGGCUACAACGUAAAGCGUAGCACCAUGGCUAUUAUGGACAAGACCUACAAGCAUCCGAACAUUCCAAAGUACACCGAAGCAGACGAGAUCGAGUAUGCCGAGCGUCAUGGCGACAUGAAGAUUACAGACAAAGUGUCGCUUCGUGAUCUUCACAAANACAGUGUCUCCAGCACGCUUGUUGGCAUCGAGACCGCCACCUACAAAAUUUGGACAUGGGGCCGCAUAGCAUGCCUUGGUGACUCUGCCCAGAAGAUGACGCCCAACGCCGGUAAACUUGUUCUACUUACGAAAACCAUGUCGAGAAAAUACCGACGACACUAUANNGGCUUUGGCGGCAACGCGGCAAUUGAAAGUGCUGCCGCGCUUGCAAACUCGAUCGAGAAGCUGUCAGACAAAUCCAAUGGACAACGCCCAACCCAGGAACAAAUCGUCGCUUGCCUUCAACACUACCAGAAAAGUCGUGAAAUCAGAGCUGCAGCUGCUAUCGAAGCAUCAAACUUCCUCACUCACGUUCAAGCCCUUGCAACAUGGGGCCACGCUCUUNUUGCUAGGUACGGCUUGAACGUAUUGGGCGAUUUUUGGNAAUAUCUCACCAGUGACAUCUCCGUGGGAGCAAUUAAGAUCGACUAUCUUCUCCCGCCCGAGGCUUCUCUAUUGGGUCAUAUGCCGUUCAACUCCGAACAAGGCCAAGGUAACAAGGAGAAUCUUNUUGUCAGAGCUUUGCUUGCCUCACCUUUCCUUGUUAUCUUCGCAUAUGCUUACCGUAUUGUCAACUCUACUCUGAUCGCUGAUACUGGAGAUGCGUUGAACUCUGCUGGAUACUAUGCUGCGCUCACCUUUUCGUCGUUGCCCAAAAACAUCCUAGGUUUUGGCGGACAAAACAACAGGUAUCNNUCUGCCACCCUGGACGAUGUCUACAUGUCCGCAUCUGCCAACUCCGACCCUGCUGCAGGCAUUCGCACAGCCAGCUACCUCGCUUACUUCGGUGUCAUUCUUGCUAUCUGGUCCUUGGAGGCCAUCCGCUGCUGCAACGCUUUGAUACCUGUUCAGCUACCUGGCUUCUUUGCCCUCUUUGCCCAACAAAAAGGCACUGGCAUGAUGGCGCCUCUGUACUACUUUGUCUACUGGGUCUUGACAUCGAUCGACUCGUUCAGAUCAAUCGACAUGAGAUUGACCAACAUGAAGUACACUCGCGCCAUCCUGCCCUCCCUACUCAUGGUCUACUAUCUUCCGCUACUGCAAAGCUACCUUUUGCCUGAAGUCUCCCAACGCCAGGCAUGGCUUCAGAUCUGGCAGUUGUUUCCAAUCACGCAUUCGCUUGCCCAGUUCGCCAUUAGCAAGAUCUGGAAGGAUACCGUUGAUCAAGAUAAGAUUCACGCGCCGAAGCGAGAUGUCUCGACAAUCAGAUACACUGUCGGUAUUCCUGCACUCAUCUCGACGCCGAUUUGGGUAUACACUCUGAUCACUGCUCCAACCCCGCUACAUCAGGUCUUCCUGCCGCAGCACUUGCCCACUUCUGUCACCAAUGUCCAUACCUUCGUCUCGGAUAUCAUGCAAUGGAGCUUUCUUCUCUUCGUCUCGGCAGCAUAUCUCUGGUUGCUGUACUUUGCUUGGGAUGCCAAGGCUGCUGGUAUGAUUAAUCACAGCUGUAUCACGAUUUUUGCUGGUCUAGCUGUGGCGACAGUUAGCGUGGGACCUGGUGGUACUGUUGGUGUUGGGUUCUUGUGUAGGGAGUAUGUCAUCACGGAGAAGAGGCAUAGGGGUGCAAUCACAAGGGAGAGUGUUAGGAUGGAGGGUUUGGUUGGUGGUGGGAAGUAG